AUGCCCAACCGGCACGAAGCGGACGAUGAGGAUGACGAUCUGCUGGAAGAUGAACUUCCGGAGGAGGAUCAGUUUGGUCGCGUGCGCUACUUGGAGCUAUGCCGGGAGCUGGGUAUCAGUCCUGCCUCGCAGAUCCUAAAGUACUUGGAACUGGAGGCCCUACACGUAGAGCAUUAUGGUCAGCUGAUUCUCAACAUCCCGUGUGCUCUUGGUCUGGGCCUCAAGGGUACUCGCGCGCUGGCCGGGGCACUGCGCAUCAACCAGAACGUGACGGUUCUGCGGCUAGCGGAUAACGCCAUUCCGGAUGAGGGCUGCGGGGAGCUGCUGCGUAUGCUGCUGGAUAACGCCUCCGUGACGCUGCUGGACCUGUCUGGUAACCGGAUGGGACAACUGGGCUCCAAGGCACUAGCCGACCUGCUCAUGUCCCGGAACACCGUCCUCCGCAGCCUGACCCUGGCCAAGAUGAAGCUUGGCGACCGCGAGGGCGUGGUGCUGGGGAACUGCCUGGAGAACAACACGGCGCUGAGGCAGCUGGACCUGUCCAGUAACGACCUAGGGGAGAAGACGGCGCACGCACUGGGCCAGGUCCUGAUGGUCAACCUGGGCCUUACGGAUCUGAACCUGUCCUGGAACAAGCUGCGCCCCCGCGGUGUGGCGCACCUGGCGGAGGGGCUAAAGCCCAACCUCACGUUGCAGGUGCUGGGUCUGGGCUGGUGUGGCUUGCAGGACCUGGGUGCGGCCUCGUUCGGAGUGGCCCUGAAGAUUAACCAGGGCCUGGUGGAUGUAGACCUAUCAGGUAACCAGAUCACCCUGGAGGGCCUUAGGGCGCUGGCGGAGGGGAUCGCCAGCUCGGCCACAUUGGCAGCCAUUGUUCUUGACAACAAUGACCUACGAGCGGAGGGAGGCAAGGAGCUGCUGCACGCGGUGGACAGGAACAAGGGUCUGGUGGUGUGCAGCAUGGAGAACACCAAUACGUCGGAGCAGAUUCGGUUAGCGAUGGAGGCGCUCCUAGAGCCCCGGCGUAAGCUGAGGGACAAGCUACGUGCGCAGCAGCAACAACAGCAGCAACAGCAGCAGCACCAGUAG